CUCAUCCAUAACAACUGCAAAGGAAUUCCUUUCCUACUUAAUACCCCUUAAGCAUUUCGCGAAUCACCCUUCCCAUAGAUCGCCAGCAUAUAUCGCCUAGAGUCUGACCGGAACUUGUCUUUGUGCGUUCUCGCAAUCGCCGCAGUAUUCCACAGCACCAGAAUCAGAACUGGAAAACAGCCUCAGAAAACAAAAUGACUGUCGCAGAGCCUAAGCCUCUUAUCCCCGCCGCUACCGCCGCCGCUUUCAUAGAACUCGCCAAAGCACGGCGCUCAGUCUAUACGCUCUCCGCCUCAAGUCCAGUACCAGACUCCGAAAUCCAAGAGUUGGUCAAGAGUGCCAUCCUGCAUGUGCCAAGUAGUUUCAAUACACAAUCCACUCGUCUUGUGCUUCUGUUGCAUGAAGAGCAUAGAAAACUGUGGGAUGCAGCGAUAAAAAUAUUUGUGGAGUCGAAGGUAGCCCCGGGGAAGAUGUCGAAGGAAAUGUGGGAGACCCAUACGAAGCCCAAGUUGCAAGGAUUCAGGGCAGCGUAUGGUACUAUUCUUUUCUUCGAAGAUCCGGAACACAUCGCGCCAAUGGCGGAGAAGUUUCCGACAUAUAGAGAUCAAUUUGCCCCUUGGGCACAGCAUACGAAUGCCAUGCAUCAGUAUUUCCUCUGGCUCGCCCUUCGAUCCGUUGGCCUCGCCGCAAACUUACAACAUUACAACCCCUUAAUCGACGACACUGUUGCCAAGACCUGGUCCCUCCCUGCUGAAUGGAAGCUGGUCGCUCAAAUGGUCUUCGGCACUUCAACGGAUGAACUGACGGAGAAAACAUUCAAACCAUUGGAGGAGAGAGUCAAGGUGUUUGGAUCGAAAGAGUAG